GUUCUGCUUCUGUUCUCACGUUUAAUGCCCUUCACAUACUCACUCUACUUUCUCCCUUCCUCCUCUUCCUCUCCCUCUCCUUCUUCCUUCUUCUCAAUUUGUCGUUCUCUCUGUUUUUUCUUUCAUCUCGGGUUUUCUUAUCUGCAUUCUCUGGUGCUCAAACUCUCCAAGAUUUCCAUGGCUUCAUGUGGUUUAGGAGCUUCGAAUGUUAAAAUUCCGACAUUGAAUUUUAAUCAAAUAAGAAUUCCUAAUCUACAAAAAUGGAAUGAUGUAAUACCAUUGAUUGGGCAAAGACCUCCAAAGUGCACUAGUUUAACAAUAUCACGACCAUUGAUGAAGCCAUUCACUGUACAUUGUGUGGAGGGUCAGUCUGGCACUAAGUUAGUAAAUGAUGCUGAAGAGACUAAAUCAUCUGGUUUGACAAGUCCGCUCAUUCCAAGUUCAUAUAAGGUGGAGUCUUUGGUAACAGAAAUAUGCAAUACAACUUCAAUUGCAGAGUUUGAGUUGAAGCUUGGUGGGUUUCGCUUAUAUGUAAUGAGGAACUUAACUGAGAAAAGUGUACCUUCACCUGCACCAAAUUCUGUACCAGUCCUUAUAACUUCAACCAUUGAGUCUUCAGAUUCAAAUGAAUUGGUUUCCGCUCCCUCUUUGGCCAUCACAAAAACAACAUUUCCUUCAGAGGCAGUUCAGAAUCUUCCAAUGUUGCUUGACAAAGCCGCAGAUGAAGGCUUGGUGAUACUUCAGUCUCCAAAGGUGGGAUUCUUCAGAAGAUCUCGAACUAUUAAGGGGAAGCGUGCUCCACCAGCAUGUAAAGAGAAGCAAACAGUGAAGGAGGGGCAAGUUAUAUGCUAUGUUGAACAGCUGGGUGCUGAAAUCCCAAUUGAGUCUGAUAUAUCUGGGGAGGUUGUUAAAAUACUAAGAGAAGAUGGAGAGCCUGUAGGAUACAAUGAUGCUCUUAUUGCAAUUCUUCCUUCUUUUCCUGGGAUAAAGAAGCUUCAAUAGACCAUUUGAUUUGUUCUUCUUCAAUCAUCCUAGCAGUACCCUGAAGCAGCAGUAUUGACAGAAUGUACGCCCUUCACUAGUACAUACUAGCGUCUUUAAUAGCAUAGCUUUAUAGAAGAAGUUUAGGAAAGUCAGUUUUAAUGGUAGAGAGCUUCUUCUGGGAUGAGUUUUUAGGAAAGUAUUCGAAGCUGGUGGGAAUUAUCAUAAUGCUUUGUUUUGUUAUCCCUACUUUUUAUUUUGUGGGUAUUUGCCAAGUUUUGAUUUUCACAAUUACAUUUCUGCGGUAACUUGUUCCAGCAGUUUAGUGCAGUAACUGGUAAUUUUGAUCAGUUAAGCCACUGUUAAAAAAGUAGAUUUCUUGUACCAAGCAACAAAAAUCUAAGCACUUUAUGCUUGCUCAAUCAAAUUGAAUACUCGAUUUCUUGAUCA